CGGACGGGCGCAGCUCCCGCCGCCUCCGCUUCUCUCCCGCCGCCGAUCCCGCGCUCGCGCGUCCUUGCCCGGCAUGUCGGCGGCCGUGGCGUGCGUGGAUUACUUCGCCGCCGACGUCCUCAUGGCCAUCUCCUCAGGAGCCGUAGUGCAUCGCGGGCGACCCGGCCCCGAGGGCGCGGGCCCCACAGCCGGCCUGGAUGUGCGCGCCACGCGCCGUGAGGCCACGCCGCCGGGGACCCCUGGGGCACCGCCACCGCCAGCCACCGUUCCGGGGCCGGGAGGCGCCACUGCUGCGCCCCACCUGCUGGCCGCCAGCAUCCUGGCUGAUCUGCGAGGCGGGCCCGGAGUGGCCGCCGCAGCCAGCACCGCGGGGGGCACCUCUCCGGUCUCUUCCUCGGCCGCUUCGUCGCCGUCUUCGGGCCGCGCCCCCGGCGCCGCCAAGAGCCACCGCUGCCCCUUCCCAGGCUGCGCCAAAGCCUAUUACAAGUCUUCGCACCUCAAGUCACACCUGCGGACGCACACAGGUAAACGCCCCUUUGCCUGUGACUGGCCUGGCUGCGACAAGAAAUUCGCUCGUUCUGAUGAGCUUGCCCGCCACCACAGGACGCACACGGGCGAGAAGCGGUUUCCCUGUCCCCUGUGUACCAAGCGCUUCACCCGCAAGUGACCAUCUAAACACAGCACGCCCCGACGGCCACCCCGGCUUCCGCCCGGCACUACCUUGCGGCGACCCGGUGCCCGGAGUACCUCACCCAGCGACUCACUGCCCUGCAGCCUGGCUGGCAGUCCCGCACCAAGCCGUCCUAGCCCAGCUCCUGCCAGCUUAUAGAGCCCUGGUCUGUCCACCCUGAGAAUGGCCGGCUUGCUAGGCCUCGGCAGGGUUUUCCAUCAAGGGACAUCUUGCCCUCCGUGUUUCUGGAGUCCCAGCCCAUAUCAAGGAAGCCUCAAGGGGACUGAGAAUGGACUUUGGUCACCAGGGGCCCUGGGAGGUGGUCUGGGCUCCGUGUGUAAAUAGCCAUGAUUAACUGUCCCCAUCCCCUCUGGCAGGAAUCCCCAAAUGGGCAGUCAGCAGGUCCUCCGUGUCCCCUGCUGCCAUUUCUUCCUUUCCUCCUGGGUGGCACUGGGCAUGAAGCCUGGGCCACAAUCCCACUCCUUAAUCUUCAGCCCCCUCGUCACUCCUCCAGGUUGGGACACAAGGUACACAGCCAUAGGUGACUGGGGGCUUCCCGUGGGCCCCGACCUGUCCCCACCCCACUGAAAGCCAUUGGCGGAAGUUCAGCGGAAAUGGAGGGGGUGCAGCCUGGCUUGACCCCCCCAAACAGGGGUACUCAAAUCUCAGGUGUCCACAGGUUCUGCCCUCAGUAAGGGGCCACUCGCAUCCCCAGCCCUGGGAAGAUAGGAGGCACUGCGGUUUUCAGAGGACUUAUGGUUGGGGGUACAGGCGGCGUGUGGAGGUGCCUUCAUCGAGCAUCAGCACGUCCAUACUGUGGGGUGUGCUGUUGGGCAGGUGGGAAACCAAAUUAUUUAUUGUCCUCUCUGACUGUUGGCAUGGGGGGCCUGGCACCCCAUCGGGUGUGGUGUUUAUGUGUGAGAGAGACAGUGGGCGUCUGAAGCCUGGGGGGG